CUGCCAUCCCAGUCUGCUUUUAAGGCUGCGAGAUGUCCGUCACUUGAAUCAGCAGAAUUACUGAUUGGCAAGUAACUGCUCGUCAAUAACUAAUAACAGCAUGGCCGAGAAACGCAGACUCUCCGCCCGCGAACGUCGCGAACCCGCGGCGAAGCGACGAGCUUCCGAAGCCGUGUCUCGACCAUCCCCUCAACCUCAACAUUCCUCCAGGAAGAAAGCGUCUACUCCAAUUGUCGCCGCUUCACCUCCGCCGCCGCCGCCCGAGCCUACCGAACCCCCUUUGCCUACAAAGAUAAAGGAUGGAGAGGGUCUUCCGACUACGGCUUCGCCGCAGUCAACCACUCUUACGGCAAAGGAAUACCAGUCGUUCGCAGAAAGUGCGGUUCUUCUAGCUUCCUUGGAACGGUCGAAGAAGAAAUGGUUAAGCGAUGGCAUCCUGGAGAGAUACUGGACCAAACCCAAGAAAACAAAGAGGGAGCAGAUUGAAGGGAAAAAUCCACCGAAGGAGACCAUGUCGAAGGUUGGAGCUUGCAACAUUGUGGUCGGGCCUCAUCUAUUCGAUGCGAUGCUGUACACUGUCAAAGAUCCCAAUGCGCCGCCGCCGAUCCAGUACACCACUCCCCAACGCCCCAUGGUCCACUACGGCCAUCCGAACAACUUCCAGCAAUACCAUCCCUAUCCUCAUACCCCUGCUCCGCCCCAGAAUGCAAGACAACAUCCUGCCCAGGGCUCUCCUGCAACCCCAGGAACACCUCAGCCCGGUUACCCAUCUGGCAGUCACCCACCCCCUUCACAUCCCGCUCGAACUCCUAGCCAGCCACCACACCGUGCUCCUGGCCCGCAGUCUGCGCAGAGACCAUCGCCAUCACAGAAUCCUCAAACCAAUCAGCCGCCCAAGCCUAGCCCGGACCCUGUCAUUCAAAUGCUUGCAACACGAGCUGCUUCCGACCCUGACCUGAAAGCGCUGAUGCGAGUGGUGGCAUCAAGCAAAGCGUCCCAAGAGCAACUCCGUGCUUUCCAGGCCCAUAUCGAUGAGCUUAACGCGAUUAUUCGCGCAAGGGAACAGCAGCAACAACGGCAGCAACAGCAGCAGCGACAGUCUCAGCCUUCUACUCCUGCCCAUCCGCCUCCGCGACAAUCACAGCCCCCACCGCAAACCCCCCAGCCUCAGCAAACGCCGCAACAGUCACAAACGCCGUCCUCACAAAAGCCUCCACAGCAGCCAGGCCAACAAAAACCACAAGGGCAACCGCCGUCUCAAUCCUCCCCGCGAGUUGAAGUGCAAGUUCCUAAAUCCUCAUCGUCCGCCGCCUCCGCCCACCCUCCAAACACCAAUACGUCACAACCACCUCCAACUCCUACUCCGCAGGCACCCAAAGAGUCUCCUCAAGUUCCAAUCAAACAAGAACCUGGUGUGGUAGCAUCAGGCCAAUCUACCUCUCAGCCGGCAUCGAGCCCCAAUGUUACCCCAGCUCCGGCCGCUACCCCAGAUCCGCAAAAGCAGUCGAGCCCCGCUGUGCGGCCAAUGCCACCUCCCCAACAGCAGCAACCCGGACCGCGGCCAGGACCUCCAUACCCACCCUAUCAACAGGCCCCCUAUCAAGGGCAUCCACCUGCCAUACAAUCACGUCCUCCGCAGUACGGGUCACCCGCACCAUAUUAUCGUCCGGCACCACCACCGCCCCCUCCAAGGCUUAACUACAAGUCUGUGGUCUUUGAAUUUACAUCACCCCUGACCCCAUAUGGAAGUAGCACUUCCGGGCAUGCGGGAUCGGGUGACCGCUAUCUAUUUCCCGAGUACACGAUCUUGGAAUGGCUCCCCGGAGGAAAUACUGUUCUUGCAUCCUUUCUACUCGUAAGGAAGGUGGAUCCAAACACACCUUUCCCCCUAGAAUCAGCCUCAGAGACGACCAACUCCCGGGCUAAAGGAAAGGCAUCAAAGUCCAAGUCUAAGAAGGCGGACAAGAACAAAGACCAAGCUGCCGAGGCAGACAAGGAGAAGGACAACGAGAAAGACAAAUCGAAGGGCAAUGCUAACGACAAGCCUGAAUCUUCUACUACUGACCCUAAACCCGCCGGCGAUAAACCCGAACAGAAAGCCGAAUCAAUCGCAACACCCAACAAAUCCGCCACCGACAAAGAAGAAUCCAAAGGCAAGAAAGGAGACGCCAAGGAUACUUCAAACCUCAAGGAAUAUUACCAACCCGUCACAUUCCGCAUCUUCAGCAACAACCCUAAAGUCCUCGAACCUCUCAGCCGUGUCGUAAAGCCCCCCGACGAAGUGCGCAAGUACAUGAACGAAAUCAUGGAUCGAGCGGAACGGGCCCCCGAAGGCUUCCUAGCAUACCGUCUACCCCAGGAAGAGCCGGAGGAUAACCAGGGUCGCGAGACAGAAGACACAAAGAAAAGCGCAACGCCAGUCCCUGGUGGACGUGGCCGGUUGCAAUCCAGAAGCAAGACGGUGGAUGAGGAAUCUGAUUUCGAGAACAUCGAGAAACUCGCCCCGGAAGAGGAAGAAGAGGAAUUGAAGGAUUACUACGGUCCGCCCACUGGACUUCCGCCUUUGGGUGCGUGAUCGAUACAAACGUCCCUAGGAGACGCAGAAUUAGAUUAAUGCAUUCAGGAUAUGAAU